GUCUCAUGUAAAGGUUUCAAGCACGAAGGAUGGGCGAGCAGUCCAGCGCGCCAAAAAAUAUGAUAUCCGUCACCGUUACCUCCCCAUUUUUGUAGCCAAUGCUUGUUACUUGCCUAGUCUUUUCAUACUUGGGGGUUCUCCCGCUCGUGGACGGCGCUGCUUAGGGCUCUAGGACUUUAAAAUUGGAGGAGGCGCCGCCUGUGGCAUGAACGGCCUCAGGGCCCUCACAUAUAGGCCGGGGCUAGAGGAGGGGUACGGGGCUCAGCUAUGACCAAGGUGGAGUGCCCCGCGCCUGGAUUCAAAGGUCUGAAAUGGAAGUGGAUACAGGACCAUGCUAAGGAGCAACAGGAGCGGGAGAAGGAGCGGCCACCACCGGGACAGCCUCCCGCGCAGCACCUAGACUUGCGAGAGCAGCCAUUACAGCAGGACGGGGCCAUAAGCCAGGGCGCCCAACCUGAACGCUCCUCGGUUGGCCAACCCUCUGCAUCGGCUCAGUAUGAGCUAGCUUCAUCCCCACCAGAGCAGCAUAGCGGGCUUCAGCGGCAUUCGGGUGGUGGGGCGUCACAGCUAACUCAACCUGCCUGUCCCGUAAAGGUCGAGGUGGGUCAGCAACUGUCUUUGCCAGGUUCCCAGCCUGCUUCGGUCGCUGCUGCGCCGUCAGGGCAGGCGCCGCCAGCACAGGCAGAAACCAAGCUCCGAACCCACGAUGAGGCACCAAAGUCACGCGCGACAGGACCUCAGCCGCCUGCUGCACCUAACGCCGCGACUGGGGAUGCCUCGGGGAAUGCACAGGCGGGAGCGUCUUCAGCCCCAUCGGUGGGGCCGGUAGCAGGGGGCCAGACAGCGACAGCUGGCCUCACAGGGUCUCCACGCGUGUCCACUGGCACUGCAACGUCGGUUGAUGCCCCUUUGCCUGGUACAGCUACCGCCCCCGCAGUGUCCCUGGGACGCAAGUCCUCUGACGCGGCUGACGCUACUCAUGCACCUGCACCGGCAACUGCAGCCACAAUGACCCCAACGGCAAUAGCGUUACCAACCCAGCAAGCAACAGCUUUAGCAGCCGGGUCGCUCACGCUUCCUAAUCUAGCCCCGCUGCAAGCAGCAGCCGGGUCAGUUCCUGCGUCCGCACCCACACAGCCCACGGCUUCCGUGCAAGCCACAGCACCGCCAGCAGCAGCAUCCACCAUCCCAGCGGCUGCUGCGGCCGCAGCAGCAUCCACCGGGGUCCCGGCGCCCAACCCUGCGACGGCCUCCACGGCUGCUGCCCGCUUGCGGCUACCCCCCACCCGAGCCCCGUCGGCGGUGCUGGCACCAGCCAAGGCAAAGGGAGGGGAUGACUUUGAAUCCAUGUUUACACCGCUUUCAUCCCUGCCCGUGGCGAAAGCGGAGACGCCGCGGGAGGGGGCAUGCGGAGGCGCAAGUCGCGCAAGCAGCUUGGUGCUGGGGCCGCACACGGGUGCAGCUGGGGUCGCCGGCGGCAGCUCUGGGGGCGCUGCUGGAGUCGCCGCAGUAGACGCGGGGGAGCGGAAGGUCCCACUCAAGAAGGCGUCACGAUUGCCCGACAGCCGGUCAGUUGGCACCCAGCCGCCCCCUGCCGAGCCAACGGAUGCAGACAACGGUCCCACCUCGGCUCGUAGUCGGACUCCCGCGGCGCAGGCCGCACCUGCUUCCUGCCUCUCCCCGAGGGAGCCAGCAAGCGGGGGCGCAGCUACCGGCGGCUCGCACAGGGCGCAAACUCAGCCGCAUGGGCAAGCGCAGCAGCAGCAGCACCAACCAGCUUCAGGGCAUCCGCAGCAGCAGCAGCAGCGGCCCUCUAGUGCAAAGCAUGUUGCUCGGGGGGAGUUGAAGGAGGCGAGUCGGGGUGGACGAGAGCAGGCGGAAACCGUCGCCGGCACCGCAACGACACCUGCGGGCGGGUCGGGGUCCCAGGCGGCAGCAGCUGGAACCGCGAUAGCAGGGCGAGCGGCGGGGACGGACAAAGGAGCGGGGACGGUUGGCGGAGAGACGGCGGACAGAAAGCGGCCCAGAACGGAAAGCGCGAAGCCAAAGGCUGUCGGUCCGUCCGCAACUGGCGGCGAAGCUGCUGCUACCGCUUUGGCGGAGGCUGGAUUGCCGUACUCGGAGACCCUGGCGGACCGAGUGAAGCGCACCAAGCGCACCACGACAUCCUCAAGUGACCAUGAUGGCCCGCACUCGCUCGGGAACAGCGCUGAACGUGCGCCUGGUCAGGGCACACCCACGGCCGGCGGCUGCGUUGAGGCGCAGGGAGGUGAGGGGGCGGGGGCGGUACCGCCCCGUCCCGCAACUUCCGCUGAGGCCCAGUCCCGCGGUGCUGAGGCGCUCCACGCCAGCGCCUCCAACCGGCAAAAACAGUGUCCCGGGGGGAGUGAGAAGCCAGGGAGGGGUCCUGGAGGCAGGGUAGGCGGCAGCAGUGCAGCAGCAGCAGCAGCAUCAAAGCCGCAGCAAGGGCAACAUCAGCCACCCGGGCAUCGGGACAAACCCCCAGGGCGGGGCGACGAGCCGCCGGGUGCUUUAGGGCCAUCUGAGCGGGGAGCGGAGAAGGGCGGGGAGCAGCAGCAGCAGCCUAGCAAUGCCAUGCGGGCAUCCGGGGGCGGAGCUGCAACGGAUAGCAGCUGUGGCGGCGCGGGCGCGGGCGGCGGGCCACCAGCUGCUUCCCAACGGGGACCAACAGCACCGACGUCUGGGAAAACCACUGGCGGAAAUGGGUCAUCUGCGGGUGCGGGCGGAGUGAAGCGGCAUGCAGAAGCCCCGACGGCACGCCGGCCGGCCGGCCCGCCCGCCAAGCUGCCCCGCACAGACCCGCAUCUCCCACGUCCCCAUGCAGCCCAUGGGUUGGACCGGCGAAGCGGCAGCGGUGCUCCUGCUGCCGUUGGUGCAGAUGCGGCCGCAAACGCGCCAACGGCGACCAACGGCCGGACCACCGGACCCCCACCGCCGCCGCCCUCGGGUAAACCCCCGCACCGCACACCUGGCGUGAAGGUAGAGCCGGCGCAUGCUGCAGCGGAGGGCCAGGCGCAGCAGCCGUCUGGCGUCGCAGCCGCUGCGACGGGCGCAGGUGCGGGUUCGGGUCGGUCGCCUCCGGCUCCCCCACCUCCCCGUCCAGGGCGGGCGCAGGGUGAUGCAGACAUGCCUGCGGCGGGCAGUUGCAAGGGCGCGGUUGCCGGCAGCCGAGGCUCCAAGGACGGCAUGGGGGACAAGGGCGCAUGCGGGCCGCGCGGCGGUGGCGCAGCUGCCGCCUGUGGGGCCGGCGCGGCUACCACCACCACCGAACCUAAAACGGACUCGGACACUCGGACGCCUCGAAUGGUGGAGUGCUUUUUCGAGUUUGAGCAGCCCUGUCGAAUACUGGGUGGUGGCUCGGCGUCUGUGUCUGGGUUGGGGUCCAGCGGCUCCCUGCAGGGCUUGCCUGGCAUGGUCGGCCGGGGCGCUGGAGGGGGAGGUAUGCUGCGUGCCGGCAUGGGGGUUGCGGCUGCGCCUGCCACGCCGCAGCAUUUGGAUUUGGGCAAGAUCCGCACGUUCAAGGAGCUCUGGGCGCAGCUGGCGGCGUUGUACGACGGUGUACUGCCGGACGAGAUGGACUCGAAGAUCAUAUACCUGGACGAGGAGGGUGACUGGAUCAUGGUAACGCCAGAUGAGCCCUGGUCGUCCGUCGCUGCCGCCGCAACCAAGAUGCUCAUCACCAACCGUACCUAGGCAGUGCCUGCAUGGAUGGUCUCUGCAAGCGCGCCUCGGCUGGAUGGGACACACUGCCCCCGCUGUGGGCUGGCAUGUAGGGAACCGGCGUUCCGGCUGCGAAUUUUGCAGCUAACCUGCUUGCGCCGAGUGCGUUGGUCGAGGAUGGACUGGGUGGCAGCAUGUGCUUCGACGUGUGCGCUGCGCUGUGUUGACGUAACGAACGAGAAGCAGCAGUUGCCUCGGCUGCUCAACAACGAGUGUAUCCCCUUUUUUUACCUGGACUGUCAAUUUUGAGGCCCAUCGUCGUGCGAUGCAGUGAGCUCAUGCCUGGUUAGCGGUGGCAAGGUGUCAUGCGGCGUGGAGCAUGGGUUCGACAUGCAUGUGGGAGGCAGCGGAAGCAGGUUUGCAACUCUUACUAGCAGGAGAUGACUCGUUCCCUGUUAUCCAGUGUGAAUUCGCUGUGCUAUGCAGUGCGUUUUCCUCGUCCUUGGGAGCUUCUUGGAGGUCUCCUUUUGCGGGUGUGGAGUUCGUGGUUGCAUGUGCGCGCACGCAUGGCAACGAGUGCUGGCGGGAGGGAUGGAUUUAGUGGUUGUAGUUAUGGUGGUGUAGCAGGGUUGACGCAAGCGUUGACUUGGUCGACUGGGAGUGCUGGCUCAUUCUUUCGUAGCAGGGUCGCUGCCCCUAACAGUAGCGCUUUUGUUGGGAGGCACGACAGCUAGGUGGCGUCGCUGUGCGGGUGUGGGCUUUUUAGAAAGGGGGACUAAUAGCAGCAGCCCUUUAAAGGCCGUACAAAUUUACCGCAGGCUGUUAUCCGCUGUUUUCUCGACUGGGGAGAGUGGCGCGAGAGGUAUGAGGAGAGGUGGUUGGCCUAAAGGUGACGAUUGCGGCGAGCCCGUGCCCUGGGCAUUCGGGACCGAAUGCUUAGGGUGCGUUUAGGGGCCUUGAUGCUAUUAUCAUGCGGCACAAGUGGAAUGAGGAUCAUCAUCAUUCCAGAGGGUUCCUUAGAUUUAGUGCGGCUCGUAGGGGUAGGUUUUGUUGAAACGCCGCUAGACAUUUAGUUGUCAAGCAAGGGGACUGGCGCGGAGUUCGUCCCGCCCUGGUGCCCACACAUGUCAUAAGGGUGCUUGCAUGGGUGCAUGGGCAGGUAGGGG